UUGUAGAGUAGAAAGCGCUGUUCUGUAGCGAUCGAAAUAACGGAAGAAUGGGACUUCUAAGCAUCAUUCGGAAAAUCAAGAAGAAAGAGAAGGAGAUGCGUAUUCUCAUGGUUGGACUUGAUAACUCUGGGAAGACGACGAUUGUCCUGAAAAUGAACGGAGAAGACACAAGCGUGAUCAGUCCAACUCUUGGAUUCAACAUCAAAACCAUUAUUUACCAAAAGUAUACUUUGAAUAUAUGGGAUGUAGGUGGGCAAAAGACUAUAAGAUCUUACUGGAGAAACUACUUUGAGCAGACUGAUGGGUUGGUUUGGGUUGUUGAUAGCUCUGAUCUCAGGAGGCUUGAUGAUUGCAAGCUCGAGCUUGACAAUCUCUUGAAGGAAGAGAGGCUUGCUGGGUCAUCUUUGCUGAUACUAGCAAAUAAACAGGAUAUUCAAGGUGCUCUUACACCUGAAGAGAUUGGCAAAGUGCUAAACUUAGAGUCCAUGGAUAAAAGCAGGCACUGGAGAAUUGUGGGUUGCAGUGCAUACACAGGUGAAGGUUUGUUGGAAGGAUUCGAUUGGUUGGUUCAAGACAUUGCCUCCAGAAUCUACAUGCUUGACUAAUCUAUGUGUUCCUCGACGAUCCAGUUUAAUAGACACAACACAUUGUGCAUAUCAAACCUGUUCUUUUAUUACCAUUAGCUUUAUUCUGCUCAAGUGACUUCAUAUCUGCACUGUAGUUUUUCUUUAACAAUGAUUCAACAAACA